AUGACCACUACAACUACAGCACCUACUACAACAACUACAACCGAAGCUGGUACGACAACUACAACACCUACUACGACAACCACAACACCUACUACGACAACAACUGCAGCUCCAACGACCCCCACAACUGCAGCUCCAACUACAACAACAGUAGCUCCUACGACCACCACAACCGCAUCACCUACUACGACAACCACAACACCUACUACGACAACCACAACACCUACUACGACAACCACAACUGUACCUCCUACGACAACCACAACUGCAGCUCCAACUGCAACAACAGUAGCUCCUACGACCACCACAACCGCAUCACCUACUACGACAACCACAACACCUACUACGACAACCACAACUGUACCUCCUACGACAACCACAACUGCAGCUCCAACUGCAACAACAGUAGCUCCUACGACCACCACAACCGCAUCACCUACAACGACAACCACAACACCUACUACGACAAGCACAACUGUACCUACUGCGACAACCACAACUGUACCUACUACGACAACCACAACUGUACCUCCUACGACAACCACAACUGCAGCUCCAACUACAACAACUGUAGCUCCGACGACCCCCACAACCCCAGCACCUACAACAACAACUGCAGCUCCUACGACCACAACUGCAGCACCUACUACAACUGAAGCUGCGACGACAACCACGACUUCAACGCCUACUACGACAACUACAACACCUACUACGACAACAACAACUGCAGCUCCAACUUCAACAACUGGAGCUCCAACGACAACCACAACUGCAGCUCCAACUACGACAACCACAACUCCAUCUUUGACAACUGUAGCAUCUAAGACCACCACAACUGCAGCACCUACUACGACAACCACAACUCCAACUACAUCAACUGUAGCUCCUACGACCCCCACACCUGCAGCACCUACAAUGACAACUGAAGCUCCUACGACCACAACUACAACACCUACUACGACAUCCACAACUCCAACUUUGACAACUGUAGCAUCUACAACCACCACAACUACACCACCUACUUCGACAACCGCUGCAGCAUCUGCUAAAAUAACUACAACUGAUACUCCUACGACAACAUCUGUAGCUCCAAUGACCACUACAACUGUAGCACCUACUACAACAGCUACAACCGAAGCUGGUACGACAACUACAACACCUACUACGACAACCACAACUGAAGCUCCUACGACCACCACAACACCUACUUCGACAACCACAACACCUACUACGACAACCACAACACCUACUACGACAACAACUGCAGCUCCAACUACAACAACUGUAGCUCCAACGACCCCCACAACUGCAGCACCUACAAUGACAACUGUAGCUCCUACGACCACAACUACACCACCUACUUCGACAACUGCUGCAGCAUCUGCUAAAAUAACUACAACUGAUACUCCUACGACAACAACUGUAGCUCCUAUGACCACCACAACCACAACACCUACUACAACAACCACUGUAUCUCCUACAACAACUACAAAUGCAGCUCCUACGACAACAACAACUGCAGCUCCUAUUACAACUUUAGAUCCCACGACCACUACAACAGAAGCACCCACUACGACCACUACAAAUGCAGCUUCUACGACAACAACAACUGAUACUCCUACUACAACCACUACAACAAAAGCACCUACAACCAUAACUGUAGCUCCUAUGACAACCACAACUGCAGCUCCAACUACAACAACAGUAGCUCCUAUGACCACCACAACUGCAUCACCUACUACGACAACCACAACACCUACUAAGACAACCACAACACCUACUACGACAACCACAACUGUACCUCCUACGACAACCACAACUGUACCUCCUACGACAACCACAACUGUACCUCAUACGACAACCACAACUGUACCUCCUACGACAACCACAACUGUACCUCCUACGACAACCACAACUGCAGCUUCAACUACAACAACUGUAGCUCCUACGACCACCACAACCACAACACCUACUACGACAACCACAACUGUACCUCCUACGACAACCACAACUGCAGCUCCAACUACAACAACUGUAGCUCCUACGACCCCCACAACCUCCGCACCCACAAUGACAACUGUAGCUCCUACGACCACAACUGCAUCACCUACUACAACCGAAGCUGCUACGACAACCACGACUUCAGUGCCUACUACGACAACUACAACACCUACUACGACAACCACAACACCUACCACGACAACAACAACUGCAGCUCCAACUUCGACAACUGUAGCUCCAACGACAACCAAAACUGCAGCUCCAACUACGACAACCACAACUCCAACUUUGACAUCCACAACACCAACUAUAACAACUGUAGCUCCUACGACGACAACUGUAGCUCCUACGACCACAACUACACCAUCUACUUCGACAACCGCUGCAGCAUCUGCUAAAAUAACUACAACUGAUACUCCUACGACAACAUCUGUAGCUCCUAUGACCACUACAACUGCAGCACCUACUUCAACAACUACAACCGAAGCUGGUACGACAACUACAACACCUACUACGACAACCACAACACCUACUACGACAACCACAACUGUAGCUCCUACGACAACCACAACUGCAGCUCCAACUUCAACAACUGCAGCUCCUACGACCACAACUCCACCACCUACUUCAACAACCGCUGCAGCAUCUGCUAAAAUAACUACAACUGAUACUCCUACAACAACAUCUGUAGCUCCUAUGACCACUACAACUGCAGCACCUACUUCGACAACUACAACUGUUGCACCAACUACGACAACUAUAACCGAAACUGCUACGACAACCACGACUUCAGCGCCUACUACGACAACUACAACACCUCCUAUGACAACCACAACACCUACUACGACAACCACAACUGCAGCUCCAACUACAACAACUGUAGCUCCUACGACCACCACAACCACAACACCUACUACAACAACCACUGGAUCUCCUACAACAACUACAAAUGCACCUCCUACGACAACCACAACUGCAACUCCAACUUCAACAACUGUAGCUCCUACGACCACCACAACUGCAUCACCUACUAUGACAACCACAACACCUACUACGACAACCACAACACCUACUACGACAACCACAACACCUACUACGACAACCACAACUGUACCUCCUACGACAACCACAAUUGCAGCUCCAACUACAACAACUGUAGCUCCUACGACCCCCACAACCUCAGCACCUACAACGACAACUGUAGCUCCUAUGACCACAACUGCAGCACCUACUUCAACAACUACAACUGCAGCACCUACUACGACCGAAGCUGCUACGACAACCACGACUUCUGUGCCUACUACGACAACUACAACACCUACUAUGACAACCACAACACCUACUACAACAACAACAACUGCAGCUCCAACUAUGACAACCACAACACCAACUACAACAACUGUAGCUCCUACGACGACAACUGUAGCUCCUACGACCACAACUACACCACCUACUUCGACAGCCGCUGCAGCAUCUUCUAAAAUAACUACAACUGAUACUCCUACGACAACAUCUGUAGCUCCUAUGACCACUACAACUACAGCACCUACUACAACAACUACAACCGAAGCUGGUACGACAACUACAACACCUACUACGACAACCACAACACCUACUACGACAACAACUGCAGCUCCAACGACCCCCACAACUGCAGCUCCAACUACAACAACAGUAGCUCCUACGACCACCACAACCGCAUCACCUACUACGACAACCACAACACCUACUACGACAACCACAACACCUACUACGACAACCACAACUGUACCUCCUACGACAACCACAACUGCAGCUCCAACUGCAACAACAGUAGCUCCUACGACCACCACAACCGCAUCACCUACUACGACAACCACAACACCUACUACGACAACCACAACUGUACCUCCUACGACAACCACAACUGCAGCUCCAACUGCAACAACACACAACUGUACCUACUGCGACAACCACAACUGUACCUACUACGACAACCACAACUGUACCUCCUACGACAACCACAACUGCAGCUCCAACUACAACAACUGUAGCUCCGACGACCCCCACAACCCCAGCACCUACAACAACAACUGCAGCUCCUACGACCACAACUGCAGCACCUACUACAACUGA